AACAACAAAUAUGGCUUCGGGCUUGCAGUACAAAGCCAGCAGCGUCGCUCUCGAUCCACAACACGCUGCCCCCGGCCCGUCUUCUUCCAGUCCAACCCUACACCGGCGUCCGAUCAAACCCCCUCCCAGAUGGCCGCCACCGCCCCGGCUCCAUCUCCAGCUCCGGCACCGGUGUCGUCAUCAACUCGCCCGAGACUAUCCGGGUUCCAGCCGUUGGACGAGCGCAUCAAGGAGCUGACCUCGUCGCAGGGGGAGUUGCUGGGCAGGAUCCAGAGCCUCAAACUGGAGGUGCAAACCUGGCGCUCCAAUCUCGAGGCGCAGGUCAAGACAUGCCAGAAUGAGCUUCUGGAGGCGAAGGAGGGGCUCAACUCUGAAGUGCAGCACCUGAAAUCGGAUAUCAAUCAGAUCAGGUCUGCAAUCCAGGAAGAGAAGGACAGCUUCACAACUCCAUUCAGAAAUUUAGAGGAGAGCAAUGCCGAAACAGAGCAAGCCAGGCAGACCCAAGACCAAGAACUCAAGAUUGAUGAUGCUCAUACCGAACAACAGACUGCAAUGCAAGCAUAAAUUUGUGACCCCUGAUAUACUCAAACUCAUGCUGGUGAAUCUUCAGCAUUGUUCCGUGGAUCACACAAAAAGUUGGUAAAUAAAUUGACAUGGAUUCGAUAAAUAUAUACAUUAGAUCAGGAGCAGCCAAACUCUCUUGCACAGCACACUUGCAAGCGUACUAAUACACAUAUUAUACCAGUAUCAGCAAGCUGAAGUGCCGUGUUCCGACAUCUUGUCAGGGUUAGACGUCAUGUGUACUGCUCCCUCCGUCCAACAAAAGAUGUCUCAACUUUAACUAAAUUUGAAUGCAUCUAUACACUGAGCCAUGUCUAAAUACAUCCAAAUUUUGACAAACUUGAGACAUCUUUUGUUGGACGGAGGGAGUAUAAGAAUUGCUUUCUUUUUUGUAAUAAUCAUGUGUACGGACAUACCUUAUAUUUAGAAAUGCAGUGUUAAGACAAAUAUUUCCAUACAUGCUUUAAAUCAA